AGAAGUUACCAAGUUAAACAUAAGGAUCAUCUGCAACACAACAAUCAGGAUUUAAGCUGUAUCCGACAACAUGUCGGUUCCGACAACCGACAGCACUGAAGCCAUCACAAACUCCGGCUACGGCAGCAGCGAUGAGACGGCCAGCUUAUUGGUCUCCGGCCCCUCCGUUACCGUAAUCGUCCCCUCAGAGAACAGAACCGCCAAACCCGUACUACAGCGGCAAGACUGCACUACCCAUCUAAGACCACAACUCUCCGGCGGUCCGGGUAGCGAGGAAUCCGGAACAUCCGUAAGAAUGGAAGAAGGAGCCGCCAGAAGCGUGCCAGACAUAGAACUUCAAUGUAGGGACCAAGUGUCAGACCGUCCGCAGACACUGGUGUCUCCCAUAGCAACCUGUUCGCAUAGGGGGUCAGUGACCGCCUGCCAGUUAGUGCCACACACAUACGCUAGAUGUCGCGUUUGCGAGCGGAGGCAAUCUACAGCGCCUAUGUCAGCUCUACAGCUAGCGCGAUCUGUGUCGCGGGAAAGCGUUCGCUCGGGGCUGCACUACCCUUGUGGUUGCAACACGCUUCACGCUGUCAGCACUUGUCCGGUUAUACAUCCGCCAGCCUUAUUGAUACCGGCAACAAGUACCAGAAUCAUUCGGCAGAGCUCUCAGCCUGAGUCUAGCGCAUGCGCGGGGCACUGUCCUCACCACGCCCACCACCACCCCAGCGCCUCGCUGCGGCAGCUAAGAGAACCCGGCGACGGCAUAGCCGGCAUCGCAGCCGACUCUCUCCGAAUUAAUGGAGGGAUGCGACCCUUCAAACAGGGCCUGCUACUAUGUCCACAAACCCUGUCGCAGACUCGACGGGCGCGCUUGCGACGCGCGUUCACUGAGGCGACCGGCGACACGGUUACCUACGUUAGAACGGCCUGUACAGUUACUCGGGAUCAAACACCGCAGGUAAACAAAAGUCCUAAAUGUCUCAUAAGAAACGUACCUACUCGUGCUGGAUAA